AUGGUUUGGCCACCUCUAGAGAGAGAAAGAAAACUAGAACCUGUACCUGCAGAACUUGUAAAAAAUUAUGAAGCCUCUGUAUAUCACACAGGUUCAGAGUGUCUCGACUGUGACCAAGGGAAAAAGCCUGCUAGAGCAGUUUUGAUGGAGUGGACUGAAUUGCCCAAAGGGGAGGAUCCAGACUACUAUAUUGUAACAUGCCAGCAAACAGAUGCUUUCAGUCAAAAAAUUUUCAGAAACAUUUCUAAAGUUGAACAGGAACCUGUCAGUACUACAGUUCUGCUUGAGGAAAAUAAGAAGUAUGAUAUAACAAUAGAAUCCCUAAAGAAUGGCCAAAUCUUAAGUGUAAAAUCAUUUAAAACACGUGGAAUUUCAGAAAAUUACAUAAAAACAUUUGUAACAGCUACUUCAGUGUCUUUUAAUUGGAGUAUGGUGACCAAAGAAUUUUCAGUUUCUGUUUUACUGAGUGGUACUUCUGAGAUCAUAAAAAGACCCAGUGGAUUCUUUGUAUGGAGAAAUUUGACACCUGCCACCUUAUAUACAUUCAAGUUUUUAUUUGAGCAAUUACAUCUUGAAUUUGUAAAUGUGUCUCAGUCACUGGAUGUUCAAGUCGAAACAGGCACCUGUUCCCAAGGGUGGGUGGCAUUCCAAAGCAGCUGCUAUCGAAUGGGUAAGGAGAGCAAGCCAUGGAAAUCAGCACAACAAACCUGUGAAACGUCUUCACGAGGGGCACAUCUUCUUGACAUAGGGAGUGAAGAAGAAUAUGGUUUUAUGUUGUCAUAUCUCCAGAAAAUUAGUCGAAUAAUCAUGAUAUGGACAGGUCUUAAUGACUUAAAGGAAGAAGGUCAGCUCUUGUGGACAGAUGGAUCUCCUUAUCUUCUAAAAGCUGGUAUCUCAUCUUUGGCAAUGAUACCAGAAAACCAAACUGACUGCUAUGCCCUUCAGAGAGAUCCUACUGGUCCAGAUUAUUUCUUCACAGGAUUUUUCUGCUAUGUACAGCUGCCAUAUAUUUGUGAAUAUGAAUUACCUUUGGUACCAGAAAACAUCAUGUUUGGUGUGCAUGAUGUCAAGACAACUGAAGCUGUAUUUAUGUGGAGUGAUAUGGGCAUGUGGCUUAAGUCAGGCUUUGCACUUAUAAUCAAGUACUAUUUUGAUCAGUGGAAAUCAUACAUUCUGAACUUGCCUGUGAAUACAACUCAAACAAAAAUUGUGCACUUGUCUCCUGGCCUUCACUAUAGUUUUUUAUUAGCAGCAAGGAACUCAGAAGGAGCACAGUGUAUCUUAAGUCCAAUACUGAAGGUAGAAACAAGUAAGUAA